AUGAGCCAGAACGAUAACCCCACCUUAGCAUCUCUCCCGGCACAGAUCGCUGCCCUGACUGAGACUAUUCCAGCACCGGGACAGAGUCGUGGUCUUGACGAGAUGAGACGAUUGGAGGCAUUGAAUGCAGCGAGGACCUUAGUGGCAGCUCUCGAGUCGCCGGUUGAGAGAAUCAUUCGAGAUGUCGUGAUGACUCCUCCGAUUCUUAUGGCGCUUCGGAUGGGAGUCCAGCUUGGAAUUUUCAGUCAGAUCAGUCAGAACCCAGAUCAUGGCGUCAGUUCUCGUGAAAUCGCCGAUAAGGCAGGGGCAAGUCCGAUCCUUGUCGACCAGAUAACCCGACUGCUUGCAGCGGUAGGAUAUAUUCGACAGGAGAGCGUGCAAUGCUUUAAGCCUUCUACGUUGACCGCAGUAAUAGCGGAUCCAACCAUGGAGGCAACGACACGAGCCUGCUUUGAGAUAGGCAACCUCUGUGCAGCAAAAGCUCCAGAAUUCUUCCGCAAGAACAGCAAUCAGUUUCCUAGCUCGGCUACAGACACUCCUUUUCAAUUGGCAUUCAACACGCAGCUCACCUAUUUCGAAUGGCUUGGUCAGAAUCCUGAGCUAGCCAAGGACUUCCAGCAGUGGAUGACACUCAACCAACAGGCUACUUCAAACUGGGUUGACUGGUUCAAUGUGCAGGAGCACAUCCUGGAUGGCUUCCAUGUCACUAAUUCGGCCGAAGAUAUUCUUCUUGUAGAUGUGGGGGGUGGUGAAGGAAGUUAUCUGCGCCAGUUCAUGGAACGAUUCCCAGGUGUUUCGGGUCGUUUCUUCCUACAGGAUCUGCCUCAUGUUGUCUCAAGCAUCAAGAACGACACUCUUCCCGGAGUGGAAUUAAUUGGACAUGAUUUUUUCACCCCUCAGCCUAUCAAAGGAGCCCGCGCAUACUUUAUGCAUUGGAUUCUUCAUGAUUGGUCCGAUGAACAUUGCCGGUCAAUUUUAUCGAAUAUCGUGGCUGCUAUGAAACCGGGAUACUCUAAACUCAUCAUCCAUGAACGUAUUCUUUCGGACACCAAUGGUGAUGUUGCAUCGGCGUCCUUGAGUAUCAUGAUGAUGGUUCAAGUAGCUGCGUUCGAGCGGUCCGAGAAGCAGUGGCGCGAGCUAUUGGAAUCCGUUGGCUUGAGAGAGAUCCGUUUCUACUACCCUCCUGCCAGCGGCGAGGGGAUUAUUGAGGCUUUGCUAUAA